AUAACCUCACUUUUAGGCCGAAAAGCAAAGGCGAAGAGGAAUGAAGAGGAAUUGAAUAACGACAGACAUGUUAAAACAGUUUUUAAGACCCUUUUCUCUAUCAUAUGAAAGCUAUAAUAAACAUAUAGUAGUUCAAUCUAAAAGGUUUGCAGGCCACUCAAAAUGGGCAAAUAUCAGGCACAUAAAGGGUGCCAAAGAUGCAGAAAGAUCCCGACUUUUUACCAAAUUAGGACGACAAAUCAAAGUGGCAGUUCAAGAAGGAGGAUCUGUUGAUCCUAAGAAAAAUCUACAGUUAAAUCAGGUUAUAGAACAAACUAGAAGAGCUAAUAUGCCAGCAGCUACUGUACAGAGUAUAUUGAAGAGUUGUGAAAGUAGUAAAUCCCAAGACAAGAGUUAUAUGUUGGAAAUCAAAGGCCCUGGAAGCUGUUUUAUCUUAUGUGAAGUCUACACAAGUCAACUACAUGGUUUAAAGAUGAUACUUAGUACAAUUUUGAAGAAACAUCAAUCCAGAUUCAGUGAUGGUGGUGGCCUGCAUUUGUUCGAGGAAAAAGGUCAAAUAGAAGCAGAACACCAAGCAUUAGCAGGUAAACCAGAAGAGGAAAUUUUAGAAAAAGCCACUGACCAUGCCAUCGAAUCAGGAGCUGAAGAUGUGAAAGUGAUCGAAAACAGCCUCGUUCAGUUUUCUUGUGGCAAAUCGAACUUGAACCAAGUAGUGGGAGAAUUGGAGAAGAUGGGGUAUAAAGUUACUAGUGCAGAAGUUGAAUAUGUUCCUUUCAAUUUGCAACCUUUACAAGAUUCUGAGUUAGAAGUGUGUCAGAAAUUGUUCGACAAGUUGGAGAGUGUUCCUGAAGUUGUCAGGCUCGUUGAUAAUAUUGCAUAAAGAUAUUUGUCUUGUUAUAGAUAUUUGUACAUAUGUUAAAUUAUAUAUUUUGAAACA